CGCGAUCUUCAGUACGUGGAAAGCGGCGGAUAAGAUUGACGCGGAGAAGGGAAAAAUCAUUAAGAGAUUCAUACGAGAUGCCUGCAAUCGGUAUUGACCUCGGUACUACGUACUCCUGCGUAGGCGUUUGGCAACAGGGGAAGGUAGAGAUCAUCGCCAACGAUCAGGGUAAUCGGACGACACCUAGUUACGUUGCCUUUACGGAUACCGAGCGACUGAUAGGCGAUGCCGCGAAAAAUCAGGUGGCGAUGAAUCCAUCCAAUACAGUGUUUGACGCGAAGAGGCUCAUCGGAAGAAGAUACGACGACCAAAAGCUCCAGAGCGACAUCAAGCACUGGCCGUUCAAGGUCAUCAGCGAGAGUCAAAAGCCGAAGAUCGAGGUGGAGUUCCGCGGCGACAUUAAGCGCUUCAAUCCGGAGGAGGUGAGCUCGAUGGUGCUGAUAAAAAUGAAGGAAAUCGCGGAGGCGUACCUGGGACAGAAGGUGAAGGACGCGGUGAUAACGGUGCCGGCCUACUUCAACGACUCGCAGCGCCAGGCGACCAAGGAUGCCGGUGUAAUAGCCGGCCUCAACGUACUCCGCAUAAUCAACGAGCCCACUGCCGCGGCCCUGGCCUACGGCCUCGAUAAGAAUCUCAAAGGGGAGAAGAACGUGCUGAUCUUCGACCUGGGCGGCGGCACCUUCGACGUCUCCAUCCUCACCAUCGACGAGGGCUCGCUCUUCGAGGUGAAGGCGACCGCGGGCGACACCCACUUGGGUGGCGAGGACUUCGACUCGAGGCUGGUCGAUCACCUGUGCAAGGAGUUCGAGCGCAAGUACAAGAAGAACGUGAAGUCGAAUCCGCGAUCCUUGAGGCGCUUGAGGACAGCGGCCGAGAGGGCCAAGCGUACCCUAUCCUCGAGCACGGAGGCGGCCAUCGAGAUCGACGCCCUCAUCGAGGGCAUUGACUUUUACACCAAGGUCUCGCGGGCGCGCUUCGAGGAGCUCUGCGCCGAUCUGUUCAGGUCGACCCUCGAUCCCGUGGAGAAAGCCCUCGCCGACGCUAAAAUGGACAAACGUUCGAUCAACGAUGUCGUCCUCGUCGGCGGCUCGACACGCAUACCCAAGAUCCAGUCGAUACUGCAGAACUUCUUCUGCGGCAAGCAGCUGAACCUCUCGAUAAACCCGGACGAGGCCGUCGCUUACGGCGCGGCCGUGCAGGCAGCCAUACUCACGGGCGAGGGUGAGAAGAGCUCGGCCCUCCAGGACGUGCUGCUCGUCGACGUGGCGCCGCUCUCGCUCGGCAUCGAGACCGCCGGGGGCGUCAUGACCAACAUCAUCGAGCGUAACGCCCGCAUACCCUGCAAGCAGACCCAGACGUUCACGACCUACGCCGAUAACCAGCCGGGCGUCACCAUCCAGGUAUACGAGGGCGAGCGCGCCAUGACCAAGGACAACAAUCUCCUCGGCCGCUUCGAGCUAAGCGGCAUCGCCCCCGCGCCACGCGGCGUCCCCAAAAUCGACGUCACCUUCGACAUGGACGCAAACGGCAUCCUUCACGUGACCGCCAAGGACACGGCAAGCGGUCGCAGCAACAACAUCCGCAUUACAAACGACAAGGGCCGACUGUCGCGCGAGGAGAUCGACAGGAUGCUGGCCGAGGCCGAGCGAUAUCGCGAGCAGGACGUGGAGCAGCGCGAGAAGAUCUCGACGCGCAAUCAGGUCGAGAGCUACGUGUUCUCGGUGAAGCAGGCCGUCGAGGAGAGCGGCGAGAAGCUCGCCCAGUCCGACAAGGACAGUGUCCUUGGCCUUUGCGAGGAGACGAUACGCUGGCUCGACAACAACACCCUCGCCGAGAAGGCCGAGUACAAGGAUAAACUCGAGGAGCUGCAGAAGCAGUGUGCCCCGAUCAUGGUCAAGUUACACGGGGGUGGGGCCGGCCAGGGCUGCGGCAAUCAGUUUAGGCAAGAAACCGGGGGCAAUUAUUCCGGACCCACGGUCGAGGAAGUCGAUUAAUCGGCUCAACCUUGGGACGGAAACCCAACUCCGCGUACGUCUCGA